GUCGGACUGGAAAAUGACGACCGAAAAAACGAAGCUUCUUAGUUCACAACAUUCAACAUCGCUGGUAAUUUUCACUUCUAUACAAAUAUUGGUUGGAACUACAGCAAAUUUAUGUGUAAUUAUUUAUUUUCUUGUCUCUCGUCAGCGCAAACGACGCACUGCUUCGGAUAAAAUGAUUCUAAAUUUAGCCAUAUCCGACUUCAUCGCUUUAACAACGUAUCUUCCUUGGCGAACACAUCAUCUCAUGUCACGAGAGAAAUCUGACCAUACUCGUGUCUACGCGUCCUUGUUUGUCGUGUGUGUUUUUUCCACAGGCAAUGCCAUUAUAUGUAUCGCAUUUGACCGAUUCACGGCUGUUGUUUGGCCUUUGAGGUAUAAAAUUCUGGUAACGCCAAAGGUGUCUUCGACUUUCAUCGCGGUUUCUUGGAUAUCGGCUAUUAUUCUUGGAAUUAUGCAUGGUUUCAGCUACAUGUUGGACAAACAUGAAGAAUACGAACUAUUUUUUGCUUCAAUAUCGUUUGCUCAGCUUGUGAUACUCUCUUGUAUUUAUGGCGUAUUAUUUAAAAUAGCAAGACGGCAAAGGAAAAAUAUUUCUAAUCUCUCAAGAAGAUCUCAAGCAAAAUUUACUUUUAUAAGAAAAAGUGUACGUACAGCUUUUAUCAUUAUGUGUAUGUUCUAUGCAACUUACCUCCCCACUUGCAUCCUGAGAGUGUAUUCAGCAGAGACCAAAAGUUUAACUGAUGACGAAAAAUUUGUUGUAUGGGGUUGGUUGAACGCUUUCACUUUUGUAAACUCGUGCUGCAAUCCAUUCCUGUAUUUCUUUGGAAUGGAAAGUCAAAGGGUAGAGUUUGUUAAAUCCUUCCAAACUUGGAUGAGCAAGUACAGCAACGAUGAACAUGCAUGUUCACGACAACCCAACAACAACUCUAAUGAAGUGGAAGACAAGGUACAUAUACAUAGAUACAUUUAAUAAGGCCUGUUUUAUACUUCGAAUUUCGGUGGCGUCAAAUGCAAUUCAAACAAUAGAUAAUGAAGCUUAAUGAGGUCUAUCAUCUCAUUAUUUAUUGUCGUAAUUGUCGUAAUAAAACAAGUCUAAGUAUUUAUUGUCGUAAUAAAACAAGUCUAAGUCACCUGUCCCGUCAUCAGUGUCAUAUAGAUAAGGAUUUUAAAUUCCGGCUUUGUAUUAGAUUUUCACUCUUAAUUAUUUCUAUAUAUUUGGUAAUAACACACAUUUUAGAACGAACUUGGUUCGAACGCACAAAAAAUGGUCAAUAAAAAUUGAAGUAUAGUAGCUAAAAUGAUGACACCGACGUGAAUAUGCUAAGAAAAUGGGGACUGACGCGAGAAUGCUUGCUGCAUUCCAAAUGUCCGCAAUUUCUAGCGAUGAACGCUUAUAUUUAAGAAUGAGGAAUAUUACCUAGAAUGUCUCCGCAUCACGAUAACCGUGCAAGAUAAGGCUCUUAGUUAUAUUUCGCUCAAAAUAACACUAAACUUCAAACUAAUUGAGAAUUUACGAUUUACUGUAGGUUUGAUUUGGGGAAAUGUAGCUAUUGGGAAACUUUCAGAUGUUUUUUAUGCUGAUUCAGACGAUUGAUCUUUUGAAAAUUCGAAGUGAAAGGACAGUGCCGAACGUUAGGAAAGACGUGGGCUUGUCAAAUUUGUAAUUUAUUCAAUCGACGUUUUAACAUAUCAAGUAAUCAUGUCAUGUGACGUGAAUACAAUUACAACUACUUCUCUUCAAACUCGCAAUCCCGUCAUUCCCUAAUAUACGUACUGUACUUCAUAUGUCACUAAUAAAUAUGUCACUAUUUUUGUAAAUUGUUUUAUUAAUUCUAAUCAGUGGAGCUACAUAUGCAACUUACGUGUGUAUAUGUUUGUUGAUUAAUUCAAAUAAUGGAUUUUUUAAUUCUGAAAAUGCAUUAACCAUUUUACUUUUGAAUAAACAUCCAUUACUUAAUUGAACAGUACAGUAUAUAACUUUGGAAUGUAAUGUAUCCGGCAAGAUCCGAAUAAUAGAAUAAUAACUAGAAAUACAUGUAUACAGUAACCCCUCGCCAAUAUUUUCCAAACAUUAAUUAACAUGAAGUAUUCCGAAAUGGCGCACUGAACGCAGGCUCGCGCUCCAGUGUUGUCAACUUGUCAUGACAACACGAUAUUCUUAAAGGGUAUGGGCAAUUAAAAUUGCUUCAUCUAUCUUAUUGCUUCAUCUGAAAGAGC